AUGAUUUUAGUCAUUGUUCAGUUACUUCCGUGUUUGACACUUGCUCAGGCUUACGUCAAUUUAGCUCUCGGGAAACCGGCCUGGCAGAAGAACAAUUAUCAAGGUACGGAAAUAGAAUGGGGAGCAGCGAAGGCAGUGGAUGGACACUUUUCUGACCGCUCAGCAGGAGGAAAUCAGUGUACAAUAUCAGAUGGACAACAGACAGCAGAGUGGAGAGUAGAUCUAGAGAGAGUGGUCAGCAUCAGUUAUAUCAACAUCUACUACAGGACUGAUAAUGCACCUAUAAGCUACUACAUAUACACCGGUCGAUUUGCUGGAUUUUUCCUCUACGUUUCUAAUACCACUCUUAAGGACGAUGGCUAUCUUUGUUUCCAUGAGAUACAAACAGUAGACGGUACACCAACAGAGAACCAGACAAUAAGCUGUCCUGUACAUGGACGUUAUGUUAUAUACUACAACGAGAGGAGGGCGGGCGUGACGUAUCCAAGUUAUUACUCUCAAUAUGUAUACAGUGAAUUGUGUGAAUUGGAAGUUUAUGGAUGCCCUAACCAAGGAUAUAACGGAGAAUAUUGUAACCAAUCAUGUCCCCAGAACUGUCAGGAGUCAAGAUGUAACAUCACCACAGGAUAUUGCCUGAGUUGUAUGCCGGGAUAUAAAGGUCCUCUGUGUAAUCAAACUUGUGAUGACGGAACAUAUGGACUUGAGUGUACUUAUUUGUGUGGUAACUGUAGUGACGGAGAAACCUGUCACCAUGUCAACGGCACGUGUCUUAAUGGGUGCAAUGACGGGGUGGAGGGGCAGGAAUGUCAAAAUGCAUGUUUGCCGGGAUACUAUGGCAGGGACUGUAGAUAUAGAUGCAGUGAUAACUGUGCCAUACACAAUAGAUGUAACAGGUUUACUGGGGAGUGUGACGGGGGAUGUCAGCCGGGAUGGAAAGAGCCACGAUGUAUCAAGGAUCAACCUAGGGAGGACGAAAGGAUUACCUCCCCCUAUGCAAAGCUGGAAGACCAUGAUAGAUUUAACACUUACGAAGACCUUUAA